CUGUACUUUGGGCGAGUGUAUUCUCGGCGUGGAGGGGAUGAUGAAGUCUAGGGAUGGACCCCAUUCCGGCUCCUGAGCGACGCGCUCCCCGAGGGACUCAGGAACCAAGCGGAGCACUGAGCUCCGCGGACUUAGUCUCUGAUCUGCAAAGAGCUGAGUUCCGGGGGCACUCGAUGAGGGCUCCCUCCAGGUAUCCACCGGUGGGGUGGGGAGCAGGUCUUUGCAGCUGGAGUCCGCGUGGGUGGAGCGGGGCGUGGGUGGGGCUCCGGAGCUGUGGUUCAGAAAGCCGGGACCUGAGGAAGUCUGCAGGUGCCCCACGCUCCAACCCGAGAUGACAGCCAGCAAGCGAGUCGCGAAGGAGCUGGAGGAUCUUUUGGAGAAGCUUCCACCAUUGCGGGACCUGUCUAGCGAUGAUGCCAACGUGCUUAUAUGGCACAUGCUUCUGCUGCCUGACCAACCUCCCUAUCACCUCAAGGCCUUUCAUCUGCAAAUUGACUUCCCCAGAGAGUAUCCACUUAAGCCUCCCACUUUGAAAUUCAUCACCAAGAUCUACCACCCCAACAUCAGAGAGGAUGGGUUGGUGUGCCUGCCCCUCAUCAGCACUGAGAACUGGAAGCCUUACACCAAGACCUGCCAAGUCUUGGAGGCCCUCAACAUGCUGGUGAAUAGACCAAAUCCAGAGGAGCCUGUGCGGUUGGAACUCGCUGACCUCCUGACUCAGAACCCGGAGAUGUUCAGGCAGAAGGCAGAGGAAUUCACCCUUCAAUUUGGAGUGGACCGACCCUCUUAAUGCUGGUUCUGAGGCCUCUCUGCCUGGAUCUUCUGCUGAGUGGAUGGAUAUCAGAGACUGGCACCAUCCUGUGCUCAAGUUUUCCUUUGUAGCUGCUGAUUGCCAAUAAAUGUGCCUACUGUGUGUGUGUAUGGGG